UGGCGGAAAGCUACACGCGUUGGUUGCCAUGGAUCCCGCAGGCCGCAAAGAUAAAUCCAAAUCCAAAGAGUCCCUGAGCCGGCUGGAGAAAGCCAAACAGAAGAGCGCCCAGCAGGAGCUGAAACAGCGCCAAAGAGCUGAGAUCUACGCCCUGAACAAGGUGAUGACGGAGUUGGAGCAGCAGCAGUUUGAAGCAUUCUGUAAACAGAUGCAGGCGUCCGGGAAAUAGCG